AUGAAAAAAUCGUUGAAGAAUAUUAAACUGAAAUUAAGGAACAAAAAGAGGAAGGGAAACUUCGUCUCCUUCUACGACAGAAUAAAAGAAAUUAAUGAGAAGGAGAAGCUGCAGGCAUGUGGCGUCCUCGGAGACGCAAAGUACGAUGCCGGUCUCACUUCACAAUGGAUAAGUAACGAAUCUAAGGAUGCCGAAGACCUCAGAAGAACGAACUUUUACGCAGCGCUGCAGGUGUACCCCCAGAACUGCUUCAACAGUGACUUCAAAAAAUGCUGCAGAGAACUACAACCGUAUGCAAAAAAUCUAAUGCUCAUUUUGCUAAACAAAGACAAAAUUUUUGGCACCAUUUUCAAGUACAUAGAGAAUAGCAAAAUUCAAAAUGACGAAAAUUACUUCUACAAAUUGUUGGUGAUCCUCAUAAAGGAUUUAAAAGAAGAAAGCAAAAAAUACAUAGAUCAUAUUUUAAAAAUAUUGUACGACAAAAUUAAUUUCAAUAAUUUGGACUUGUUGGAGGAAAUAUUUAAUACCUAUACAAAUAUUUUUCGAAUAAUGAAUAAAAAAAUUAUAAGUAAUGUGGAUAAAUAUAUAAAAAUAUCGCUACCAUUGUUACAGCACCGAAAUAGUAUUAUCAAAAUAUUUAUUGCGGAUAGCUUUUCCUAUCUGCUGAGGAAAUUAUCUCUACAUGAUUUAAUCGAGUGCUUUCAGAAGUUAUUUUCUUUUUGCAAUUGUGUGAAAAGGAACAAAGUGAGAGAUUAUUGUGACACGCUCAGCCUCCUCAUGUUAGAAGCUCUAAAGGUUGAUAAAAACAAACUGUCCAAGAAAACUUUACCCUUUCUCAAGUUUAUAAUUUAUUCACUAUUCCUGAAGGAGUCAUAUUAUUGUGAGGACACGGAGAGUCAUUAUGAGCCAAUUGAGGACACACAUCUUAUGCACUUCCUAAAAAAUGCAGUAGCAACAUUUCUCAUUGAUAUUUAUAAUUUUACGAAAAAUGGGAAAUUUGAAUUUGUGGAAAUAUUUCUAACCUUCAUUUUGAGAAACUACUCCAUCCUGUUUAGAAGAUAUUACACGGAUUUGUUAGUUCAGUCGGAGAAAAGUACAGAUGCUUUGCAUUUGGUGAUCAGUCAAGGGAGACCAAACGGAGGGGUCUCUUCAAUUUUCCCUUCAUUAGGCAAUGCGGAGGGGAACAGUAGCGAGGUAAUAGCUACUGGGUGUGACUUGCAAGAUGAGGAUGACGGCGGAGUAGAGGUUUCUCUACCCAGGCUCACUCCAGAUGGAGCACCGAAGAAAAGCUUGGAACUUGGCAACACAAUCAGCAAGAACAAGAAUGAUCAAUUUAGUGAUAAUCACCCACACUUACACAACAACCAAGCACAACCAUCUGAAACGCAAAGGAAGGCCUUCUUUGCGAAAGAAAUUUUCCACAGUUGUACGAAUUUUUUCCUGAAAAAAAUAUUAAACAUAUGGAUAGAAAAAAAUAGCGAACAGAAAAGUAUAAUUGUCCAAACCGCUCUUCGCGAACUGAGUAAAUACGCACAUGAUGUGCAUACUCACAAGUUAAAUUGUGUCUCCUUCUUUUAUAUAUGGAAUAUCUACGACCACAUGUUCUUCUUACUAAAUAGGGAUGUUAUUUCUAAUGAAAGCAUAAAAAAUAUAUUCACCUCACUAAUCAAUGUGUUUAUGAGUAUGGUGACUGCAGAACACUGGAAUACCUUCCAUGAAUACGACCCCCUUCGAGACUCCCUUUUUCGCUAUUUUAUUCUCAACGUGGACGAAGUGUUAAGAAGAAAAAAUAGAAGCAUGGAAGAUUCAUACCUGAACGAUAUUUUGAAGUACAUAUUUAUCAACAUAUCGAGAGAUGUGCAAAAGAUUGACAUAUUUAUGUGUGUAGAAGAGUGCCAUAUGGUGGACGGACUGAAGGCGGGAACUGACCCAAAGCAUUUAUCCGAAGAGAAAAACAUGUCUAAAAAAAAGGGCCCUUACAAUGUCUCUGACGAGGGGGCUAAUCUAACUUUGGGAAAAAUAUUCCUUCUGUUUGACAUUUUGAAAUACACAACAGGAAUUGAGAAUAGCGCCCUGGAGGAGUGUAAAAAGAUGCACAAGAAGAAACGAAAAAAUGGAGACUUGUGCACAGAUGAGCAGACGGACUACUGCAGACCCACGAGCGAGAGGGGUAUCUUUCAACAUGGGACUGACAACAUGUGUAGGAACAGCGUGAACCAGGAGGAUUCCACAACACAAAUGCAAACGGAGCUGCAUAAUUUAUUUUCCAUCAUCUUUGAAAGGGUAACAAAUAUACUUGUAAUUUUGAAGCGCAUUAAUGAGUGUUCCAAUGUGAACAAUUCAACAGACAUGAAAAACGAGGAAGAGGUUCUAAAUGAACCAGAAGGUAAUGUCCAAAAAGUAGUACAGUUCUUAUUUGCAUACGUCAGCCUAUUGACAGAGAUAUGCAGAACGGAUGGGGCCAUUCUACUUCUAUGGGAAAAGUGCAGUAGUAACAAAAAGGAGGAGGACAAUUUUUUUACUAUAUUUAGAGAACUAUGCAAUAGAGUAGAAAAACUAAAAAGUAGACAUUUCCUAGGAAAAACACUUCACAAGGAGAACUCCUCUCCAGAUAUAAAUUUCUACCUAAACAGUAUCAUACUCAAUGCAAAUGUUAUGAUGACAAGGUUGGCAAAGGAAAUGAAUGAACAAAAAGAAGUUAUCCAAAAUAUCCUUCCAAGUAACAACAAAUUCUUAUUCGACUGUUUAAGAAAGUGGGAUAGGGAUGAUGUGUAUGGUGUAGAAUAUUUGAAAAAAAUAAAAAUCAUACUUACCAACAUGAACGAAAUGAACUUUUUUGCACGCAAAACGGAUGACUUAUAUGCAUAUUUAAAGAUUCUUAAAAAGCUGUUUCUAUGGUACGAUAAAGGGAAUAGGAAAGAGUUCCUGGAAAUUAUCAAAUUCUUAGUAGGCAUAUGUAUAGAACUGAAGAGGGAGAAAGAAAGUUAUUAUACUACAAAUGAGGAUAACAUUACAUCAGGGGGAAAUAGUAAGCAUACCUACUAUGCCAAAUUAUUACCCCUUUUUGAUUGUCUCAUUUAUUUAGAAAAUGAAGAAUACUUAGCUACGUACGAAAAGAUUUAUGAGUCUAAAAUUAUUGACGUAGUAAAUUAUUUGAUCUUUUUUAAAAGCUCCAACAUUUCUAGCGAUUAUUUGCUCAAGGUGGCCACAAAAAUUUGUAUUGUAGAAUUGGUUUAUCUGUUGAGUGCUAGCUUGGUGAGUAUCCCAAAGGCAAUCACUCUUCACGUCAGAAACUUCCUGCGCUCGUACAGCAUAGACAAACAAGUAGACGACGAAGGGGGUUAUCAGCACCAGCUGGAAUAUUAUUUUUUUGUACUGAACAGGAUAUUCAAAAUGGGUAAGAAUGAGCUGCUUUCUGUGGAGGCAGAUAUAGACACAAAAAAUGCUCUGGAUGGAGAUUCAGCCAGUGACAACUGUGAGGAAGAGAAUAAUGGGGAUGAAAAUGCGAAUAGUUCUUUGGAGGAGGUAGACGGAGGAGGAGAUCACAGUGGGAGUGACAACCGUUACCAUUGCGCCAACCCUCUGAGGGACCUCAUUUGGCGGAAUAUAGAAGAGUGCCAAAUUAAUAUGCAACAGUAUGUGCGCACCCAGAGGAACAAUGUAUCGCCAACAUUACCAGGAAGAAAAUAUGUGAAUGCUGAAAAUGCCUUCAAAAUUGCAUUCGCCACCAUCAAUAUGGUGAUCUUGUCUCAAGUAAACAGCCUUAACAAAACUUAUAGAGCGAAAGUGUUGGAUAUGUACGUUUGGAUAAUGAACUAUAUUAAUAACAAUUUCAGAUUAUUCGUGCAGGAGCUAAAAUAUUACUCACUCUUAAAUGUGGUGUUUGACAUUGUUGGGAGUUUGAAUGAAUUGUGUCAUGGACAUGGCGGCACAUCCCAGUCUGUAACGUCUACGCAGGCACAAUUUGAUAAAAUCACGAGCGCUGUAAAAAUCUUCGUUAACAAAUUUGCGCACAGCAUGCACGUUUUGAGUAUCCCAAACACUAUCAAAUUUCUGCAUAUACUCUGCUCGUAUAACGAGAAACUAAACAAUUACAAAAACGACAUUGAGGAAGUGCUACAGGAGAAGAAUGUCAAUAUCACCAAGUUACUACUGAACAUAAAAGAGGAAGAUAGCAGCGGGAUUAUCCCCAUUUUGAUAAAAAUUAUUUUCUGCAUUUUAAAAAAUAAAAUGAAAAAAGGAAAUAAAAAAUUAAAGAGAAAUAUGAUUUUUUAUCUGUCCAAUAUUUCUUGCGACAAUUAUUGCCACAUCCUUAUAUCUGUACUGUAUCCCUUGCUCAAUGUAUACGAGCGUUCAAUUGACUAUAGGAACUUGCUCAGGUACGGAGACAAGGAGAAAGCCUUGGUCAGCUUCUUCACCAAUUGUCGUGGAAACUUUGCAGCGCACUGGAAAUACCAAUGUGACACGCGAUCAGUAAUUUCAACCAUUGGGGAAGCGAUUGCAAAGGCAAGUGCAAAAAAUGAGGAAGGAAUUUCCCUUUGCUAUGACGACACCUUUAAUCACGCCAGUUGGCACUUUGGCAACCAUAUAAUUGAAAUAAAGAAAGACGCUCUGUUUAAAAACUUCCACUUCAACAAGAGCAUUAGUCUUUUUAUCGAGAUACUAAAUAUUAUGAAGUACAAGGUGGACACAUACAUGGAGUUUUUUCUCCAUGUCUUUAUCACCAUAGCGCACUACAUCAAUGUGUACCACCUGAUGAAAAGGAAGGCAAAGGGGAGGAGGAUUUUCCUCGUGGUUAAGAAGAUGGAAAGUAGAGGGAAAUGUAAAAGCAACGAAGAGGCGGAAGCGACCAACAUGAUUAGUAGUCCUGAUGAAAGUGAGUACAAGUUUCAUGCGAAAGAUCACCACCAUAUGUUGGAUCACACGAUUGAUCACAUGUUUAAUAACGAGUGUGAUCGUGCGCCUCACCGUGAACACAGUCUUGAGCUUAGCGCGAAGAAUUCCUAUCUGAAGAACGCCAACAAGAAGUGCAUCGAGAACAUCCAGUUCAUCAUGCUAAACUACGAAAUAACAAGUGCCCAUUUGGAGAAGGCCAAAGAUUUCUUCGCCUUCCUGUUCCGAAGAAAUUUGAAGAACAUAGGAAAACCAAAUUUGUUCCUGAAAAUUCUAUUUGACGUUUGGAGCAAGAACGAAUUGUAUCACGGGUUCUACGACAACAUUAUACCUAACUCUUUAUCCGUUUUAAUAAAUGCUGUAAACAACCCAAUUAUUGUCAGCCGGCUAAGUUACAGUGAAUGGAAUGGACUCACGGAGAAAGUGUUCGAUGUCGUUUUGCGCCUAUGUGGUUAUGACCAUUUGAAUGAGAAGGAGAUGAAUUGGCGUAAAGGGGAAGCCCCCGUAAAAGAGAAGGAGCUUAUUCGAGGGAGAUGGAAGAAUAGGGGAAUAUUCACCAUAGUGGAAAAGAGAGAAGGCUCUGACGUGUCUCCUUCGAUAGGCAUGAAGAUAUUAAAGCCGCUUAUAUCAGACAUUAUCGUAUGUAUUAGAAAAACCAUUUUAAGAAGAUACAAACAGUUCCUUGAAGAAAAGGAAAGGGGCAUGGCACUCCGCAAGAAAAGAAAAAUGGAUGAGUUAAAAAUUAUUAGCAAUAAAGAAUUAUACAUUCUAAUUGAAUUGUCUGCUGUAAACAAAAAUCAGACAUACAAUUUGCAUGUCAUUAAUAUAAUUAUCACUUUCGUGCUUAUCAAUGUAAAGUCGCUACAUAGUACAAAUUCUGACCACGUGCAGAAGCUCAAACUUAUAUUGGUAGCUUUGAAGAGGUUACUCAUUAAUAUAUCAAGGGGGGAAAGUGAGAACUCAAGGUGCAGGGGAAAGAAGAAAACAAAUUACAACUUGUCUUGCUACCAUGAAGCGACGAGAAAUGCCACACACAAAUGUCCAAAUCUGUCACAUACAAACAAUGUACAAGAUAAAAGAAGUGCGAGAAAAAGAAGCGUAUUCGCAUCUUGUAUGCACUCCUACCAUCAUGCUCACAAAUUAUAUGUAUGCUAUAAACUGAAAACCAUGGUGUACGAAAUUGUUCAGAGAUGCUAUGACGUAACUUGUAGAGUGCUCGCCGGGGAUCUCCUAAUCAUGAUUGGUUGCAUCUUUCUAAAAAUUAGAAACAUAAACAGAUAUUUAGAGAAGUUUAAAAAAAAUAUGGAUGCCUUUUUAAAAAAAACAAACGAGCUUAAUUAUAACUCCAAAGUGGUCCUAAGGCAGAUCAUGAAAAUUCCUUUAAAAAAUGAUCAAGGCAUAAGGCAGAAUUAUUAUUACACCUUCCUUCAGAUUGCCCAGAUAUUUUGUGGUCUUAACAUUUGCAAUGAUAAAAUAUCCCAACAUGAAUACGACGCAGAUGUUCAGUUUUUAAUUUUUCUCGAUUUGUGUAAUGUGAAAAUGUCCACCGCUAUGAGGGGUUAUGCACUGAGGGGGGAGGAGUAUCCAAUGGGAAAUCUCAACAGAGGAGAGGUAAACGAGACGAAAAAGAAGAGAACAACAUCGAAGAAGAAGACGGAGAAGAGGAAGACACCUGGCAAAUUCAACUUUAAUCAACUGUUUUCAAAUAGCAACAAGUUGUUCCAUGAAAUCCUCGUGAGACACAGCUCCUUUUUAAUUUUUAACGAAGGGACUAACGACAUGGUUAGAGACAAAUCCGUGCAGUUCGUUUUGUUCAUCCCCCAGUUCUUGAAAUGGCUACUUCAAACAUAUGAAAGGAGCGAUGAAAAUGUAGAUCAUCUGAGCAUCGCCCGAGACGUCAAUAUAUGUGUCCACUUCUUAGUUAACAUUAUAAUACCCAAAGCGCUCAAUGCACUAAAAAAGAAUGUUAACGAUUUUACGAAAAUUGCGCUGCAAAUUAUCUUCACAACGGUGAAGCUAGUUAGCCCCCAUAUGGAUGCACUGAAAAGAUUAAAUGUUGAAUCAUUUUUAAGGGAGGUUAAAAAUUCUCUGGUAAAAAAUUAUGUACUCAAUGCAGACACAGAUUCUUUAUUCUGUUUUAGAGCCGUGAAGGCGAAGAAGAAUGAGGAGAAGAACCCCUUUGAAGAGGAAAAGACAACGAACUUUAAAAUGUUGGAAAGGUUGCUAUUUCACGACUUACAUCACAACCUAGCUGAAACGUUCCAUGAGAGUAAAUCUCAUCAGAAGGGGGGGAAAGAUGAAGAAAAUAAUAAACGUAGUUCCAUAAUUCAAAAUAUAAUAGACCUGAAAUCAGAAAACAACUCCAAAGGUGUAGAAAAAUUAAUCGUCAUUACCCCUCUAUUGUGCUAUUACACGAUUUCUAAAAUUGUUAUUCCACUUGCACUGAAUUACAUCCUCCAAAGAAGUUCAAAAAAAGAAACCUACAACAAAACUCUCAGUACAAAUAGCAUCAAGCUUCUUGGUACCUGCACCGAGAGGGUGGGUAUCAAAGUUGUUUAUAACCUUUUGGAGCUCCUUCUCUUAGAACUUAAGAAAAACUCAUUUAAUAAAGUAUACAUUGAAAAAGCAAUAAGUCACAUCGUGAGAACGUACGAUUUUAGAGAAUUCGGGGGCAUUGAAUUUGAGCAAAAUUGGGCCCGCCCAGGAAGAGCAGCCUCGAAUAAAUUUCGAAAGGAGGACGAAGUAAGCCACACCGAGAAGCAAAGUGAAGGAAUCGAAGUGGGAGAAGUCAAAGAGGUAGAAGCUGCAGUGGAAGAACAGCCUGUGGAGACCGAACCUACGGGGAAGGGCAGUCCCAACCCGCUCUGUUACAAGUUCAUCCGGCGCAUCCUCCCACAGCUGAAGCAACUAAUGUUCAACAAAUUCGCAACGAAUGACAAGAAAAAACAAAAAAGCUACAUAAAUGACCAAGUGGUUGACUACAAAAACAAGGAGGCAGUGGCCAAGGCCGAUAUCAUCAUAUCAUUUUUAGUAAUUCUAAACAAAAUGAAUUACAAUUUUGAGAAAGAGUUACACAAAAUAAUAUACAGAUUAUGUUUUUGUUUGUCUUCAAAAAAUAACAAUGUAAGAAGUGAAUCGAAGAAGGCCAUGUGUUUCAUUUCCAUGUACCUCGGUUUGAGCUACUUCGAUUUGAUCAUAAAGCAAAUGUCUGAUUACCUAACCAAGGGGUACCACGUACCUAUAUUUUUGUGCACGGUUAACUCCAUCCUGGAGUCUGUGCUAAAGAAGAAGGAAAAAUUUUUAGACAAGAAUUAUUUAACCAUCGGCCUCAACGUUCUGAACGAUGGGAAUAUCAAAAGGUCAAAGAGGAAGGGCUCUGAGAGAUUCAAAGAAAGUACCGCUACGGCGCAAGACGCCUUCUGCACAAACAUAUUUAACAUGAUAAAGCUAGAAAUAAUAAACGAAAUUGACAAAAAUACAGAAGAUGUUAACAAGAAGCAUAUAAAAAGAAAAACGAAGGAAAGCAAAAAGACCUAUGGAAAGAAUAUCAUUAAGCUGUUAACAAAUAUAGUACCCGAAAAAUGCAUCGAAAAUAAUAUCCUCAUAUUUUUAGAAAGCUUAUUUAGUGGAGAAUCUUUUGAAAAUAACGAAGUGGAUAAAAAUUUCAUUUUUAAAAAAAAAUAUAUUUUUAUCGUAUCGUCUUACUUCAACAAUUUUGUAAAAGGAAUAGAAGAAAACAAAAGACUCUCCCCCCACUUUGUCCUAAAUAUUAUUUACAAACUGUUAACAAAAUCCGUGUAUUUUUUCAGAGGUGAUGAUUAUCAAAAUUUGCAAAGUGUUAUGCAAAAUUCCUCCAUUCUACUUUUUAAAUAUAAUCUCCCUGACCAAACAGUGCAAACCUUUGGCAACUUCAAAAAAGCUAUCCAAUUUUAUGUUCCUCAUGAGAGAAUGGAGGAGAAGUACUUGGGUCUUAAUUACCAGAACAAAUGUGUCCAUUACCCUUCCAAAGGGAACAAGAAUAUGCAUAUAAUACAGGGUUCUUUUCAGGAGAAAAGCAUUUAUGAUGCUAUUGGAAAGACGAAGAAAUUUGAUUUCCAGGUUCUUGCACAGGUGUUGGCUAGAUAUGCCCUCAAGUUGUUAGCUUACGUGGUUAAGCGAUCGUCAGAGUUGUUUACGGAGGAGAGAAGGUUAACAAGUAAUCCAGAUGGUCUUAUAACAGAUGCUAAUCACAACAUUGAUACUGUUAUAACCGGGGACAGGUAUCCUGACAGAGCGAUCAGAGAAACGACAAAUUGCUACUCUGCGUCCACCACUGUGGAUGAUAAAUCUCGUGGCGAAAAUGAAAACUCUCAGAAGGGGCAAUUCACUUCUGUAGCUAAUGGCAAGGGAAACGCCACAGAGUCAGUUGUCACCUCCGUGAGGAACAAAACUUGUAACAAAGAGAUAAACUAUAAUAAUUGGGGCGCCUUUUCAAGCUUCCUUGAAUUUAUAGGCGUAAUUGAGCCGCUCCUGGUGUACUUCUUCUGCUACGGGAAAGAAGAAGUAUUUGUCUUAUCCUCCAAGUGCAUCAAAAUUAUUAAAAAGAAAAAAUUUAGCGAUUUUAAAAAGUUUGGAAAAUUAAUUAUUCUCUCAUCCGUAGAUAUACUAAAAAAUAUUCCCAAUUAUUACAGCAAAGAAUUUGACAAGCUCAUUUUGUCAUGUAUUGACACAUUGACAUAUCUCAUACGGGGCAACAACAAAAAUGAUAUUAUAUCUUGGUUAAAUUCCGAUCUAUCCAGCCGGGGAAAACCUAAUGAUAACGUUGAUGAGUCCACAAAUGACGAUACCGUUUUGAAGAAAAAGAGAAAAUUGGAAAACGCCACAAACAGAAGGAAUCCACAUGACCCAAUUGCGAACACAGCCAAAUUGAAGAAACAUAGAAAGCUCAAUUAUUUGCUAGACGAAAAGGUUUUAUCAAUGUAUUAUCCCACCAUGGAAGGAGGAGAACAUUCCCAGGAGGAUGAGGAAGGAGAAGAAUCGACGAACACUUUACGCUACUGCCUAAUUAACCAAAUUUCGAUGCUACUAGAAAGUAAAAAUCACGUGUGGGAGUUACUAAUAUUAUUUAAAAACUGCAUGUUAAGGGAAGAUAUAAAUAAUAUUAUCAAGAAGGGAUCUAUUAUUCUAAAAAUGAACAGCUGUAUUGAUCAAAUUUUCACCAUUAUGAUAGAAGAGUCCCAUAAUAUGAAAUUGUCAUUUUUGUGUGGACAGAUUUAUGUAGAUUUUUUAAUGCGCUUUCCUAUAUCGAAAAAGGAAAAGAAAAAAAAGGUUUUCCAAAUUUUAAAUAAUUUAAAUGAUCAAAAUGACGACUCGAGAAUUGCCACUUUGAAUGCUCUCUACGUCUUCCUCAACAGAGCUAACGCCAAGUUAUUAAAGGACGAAUUUUAUUACGUUACUUUCGCGAGCAUCAUAGUGCAUUUUACUAAUGAAACAAAUUACAAGUGCAAGAAGAUGUACAUUUUUUUGACUACAUUACUCUUCCAACAAGUGAACGAUUUGAUCUAUGUUUUUAAUUCCUAUAAAAUGUUAAAGCGCAACUUAUUCUUCUGCGAAAAGGCAUCUUUCACGUAUACGUACUUGUAUUUGCUUCCCCUCUUCUCUUCCAUUUUUUCCGAGCGGAUUGAUUCGUAUGGACAUAUGGUUCAGGGUGAUGAUAAGCUACAGCAGGAUGAGCGUAGUGCAAUAUCGAAGGAAGACCAAAAGGGACGGCGAGAUAAAAUAUUGCAUCUAACCUUUCGGGGCAAUGAUAUUCCCACGGAAAAUGACAGAAACGGAGAAUCUAGUGCAUGUGGCCAAGAUGCACUUAGCGUCGGUAACUCCCUUGAGGAGAACACCACAAACAAAGAACACAACACCAUUAGAAAUUACUUCAUAAAAGAGUUACUAAGAAGCACAAAAAAAUACAAUACAAAAAAUAGCCCCAAUGCAAGGAACUCUGUAGUUUUUCCUCCCCAUAGUGAUGUCAUACUUUUUAUGAAAAACCAACUGGAAGAUUUAUUUCUGUCGGUCAUGUUUUAUCUCAUCGAUAGGACUUGUCCUGAUGUGAAGGCGUUCAUGAAGGAGGACAAGCUCUCUCUUCAAGUAAUAACCUCCGUGCAAAGCAUUGCCCAUUUUAGUAGCAACUAUGAGAUAUACGCACAGAUGAACAAGGAUUUAGUAUACCUCUUUUACAAGGCACUGGAGCAGAUUUUUACCCACAUGGAUAUAGACUUGAUAGAAAAUUUGGUGCAAGAGAAGCACGCCCACAAAAUGUACAAGCGCUACUUCUUAAAGGAAGACACAACAGAACAUGCCAACGGAGGAUGUACAACAGACGGAGCAGAAGAAGUACCAAACGCAACACACCAUGAAGACACAAUCCAUGGCAAAUUAAUUCUGUACUUUCUGUACUUUUGGAAUUUGAUCAUUCAAAAUGGACUCUUCAAUAAAAACCCAUAUGUGCAAAUAAUAUCGUUGAAGAUGAUGCUAAAUUAUAUAAGUAACAAAAUGACACGCCCGUUUUUUCCUCUCCUAUUGGUGAAGUUAUAUUCUUCUGAUAAAUUUAUUAUCAACCUGGUUUUAAAAAAAGUUCUGUCUCUCCUCUUAAAUUCAUACUUCCUGGAACAUUUCUAUAUAUACCAUAGGGAAAUUAGUAUUUUCCUCUCCAAGAUUUGCGUGCUGUUGGUUAACUUCCCCUGGAUUACCAACGGGUUUGAUGACCAAAAUGGUAGCAAAGAAGUAGCGUGUGAGAGAUACAGUGUAGAAAAUUGCGACCAAGUUAAAGGAACGCAUAAUUCGCCUUCUGGUAAAAACACCGAGCAUUCACAUGUAACAGGUGCUUUAAAUGGCCUCGCCCAGGAUAUUUCUACAAAAGAAAGCCAAAUGGACAGCCAUUUUAGCGGCGCAAGUGAUGUAGAAGGAGAUGAAGAAUUCAAAAAAGUUAAGAUAAUUUUGCAGAAUGAGCAAGAUAAAAAUACUUCUUACGAUUCAGUGGGCACGUUAAUGAUACCAAACUUGAAAAUAAACAAGGAAAUGUUAUCAUACAGCAAAUUUUUCCUAGUCAUCAUUACCCUCUCACGUGCCAUAAACAUCCAUUUGAUAAACAAGAAAAAAUCAUUUGUGAGAAUUCUUGCAAUUUUAAAUACUUACAGAAAUAUAAUUCAGGAUUUCCCCCCAGAACUCUGGUCCCUCCAGAAUGAAAUAAUUAACAUCGUUCUCCCCUCCUUAUACAAAGUAGCUUCCAUAUUUAAAAAGAAGUACUUUGUCGAGGAUGAAAAGAUUUUCGAAGAAGUGAACACAUACAAUAAGCUCCUUUACCUAUCGAGCUACGCGUGGGACAUUAUUUCACUUUUGGAGGAAAAAUUGCAAAACGAUAGGGGCACUUUUAAUAAAGCCUUCAUUCAAGCGAGACAGAGGAUCAACCGAAUUAGGUUUAUCAAAAGAAAAAAGAAGAAUUUGUUAGCCUUGAAAAAUCCCAAGUUGUUUACCCUAAAUAAGUUAAAAAGGAGGGAGAAAAAAAGAAUGGAAAAGAAGAAAAUGAAAAUAAACCUUUAG